UGCCACCAUUGAUUUGCUUUUUACCAAAAAUAGGGAAACUAAUGCUGUACAUGUAAAUGUUGGUGCAGGAUCGUAUUUGGAAAUAAAUAUUCCCAUGACAGUAGGUGAAAAUGGCUAUUCACCUACAAUUAAAGGACAGCUUCUUCAUGUUGAUGCCACCAGCAGUAUGCAGUACCGGACUCUCUUAGAAGCUGAAAUGCUAGCUUUUCAUAUUAAUGCCAGCUAUCCCCGGAUAUGGAACAUGCCACAGACAUGGCAAUGCGAACUUGAGGUUUAUAAAGCAACCUAUCAUUUCAUCUUUGCUCAGAAAAGCUUCUUUACAGAUUUGAUCCAAGACUGGUCCAGUGACAGCGCACCUGAUAUUUUUUCAUUUGUUCCUUAUAUGUGGAACUUUAAAGUCAUGUUUCAUCAGUUUGAAAUGAUUUGGGCAGCAAAUCAACACAACUGGAUUGACUGUUCUACCAAACAACAGGAAAAUGUUUAUCUAGCAGCUUGUGGAGAAACACUGAACAUUGUUUUCUCUCUGCCUUUCACUGACUUUGUUCCAACCACAUGCAAUACUAGAUUCUCUUUAAGGGGAGAAGAUGUUGAUCUUCAUUUAUAUCUACCAGAUUGUCAUCCUAGUAAAUAUUCCCUUUUUAUGUUGGUGAAGGAUUGUCAGCCUAAUAAAAUCAGUCCUGAAUCUUGUAUUUCUGCUGAAUGUCAAAGUGGUCAGAAAAUGAGCAAACCCAAAUGGAGGAACAUUACUCAAGAAGAGGCUGGAUGGGUUGAAUGCUGGACGGUCCCGAGUGUUGUGUUUACGAUUGACUACUCAUGGCACCCAAUUUAUCCUCAGAAGGCAGACGAGCAGUUAAAACAAUCCUUGUCAGAAAUGGAAGAAACCAUGUUAUCUGUGCUAAGGCCAUCGCAGAAAACAGCCGACAGUGUGAUUUCAUCUCCCACAGCUUCAACCCGUCUUCCCCUUGACCCCUCAGAGCUGCCCCCGGAUAAGCUCCAUGUGGAACUGGAACUCUCCCCAGAUUCCCAGAUAACCCUGUAUGGACCCCUGCUCAAAGCCUUUCUGUCCAUUAAGGAAAAUUAUUUUGGGGAAGAUGACAUGUACACUGAUUUUGAAGAAGUUAUUUCAAGCCCUGUUUUGUCACUGUCAACUUCUUCAAGCUCGGGAUGGACAGCCGUCGGAGUGGAAAAUGACAAAAAAGAAAAUGAGAGUUCAGUCAAGCCAGUUCAUCCUCUUACUUUACGCCCAUGGGAUAUCACUGUGCUUGUUAAUUUGUACAAAGUGCAUGGGCGAUUACCAGUGCAUUGCAGUCCAGAUGGUCCUGAGUGCCCUACAGCUUUCUUGGAAAGGCUGUGUUUUGAGAUGAAGAAGGGAUUUAGAGAAACAAUGCUUCAGCUUGUACUGUCUCCAGUGAAUUUGUUUCUGAAUGACAACUAUCAGCGCCCUGCAGUGGAUGAAGUGCUUCGGGAGGGUCACAUCAGCCUGUCAGGGCUGCAGCUGCGUGCUCACGCAAUGUUUUCAGCGGAAGGUCUGCCUCUUGGAAGCGAUACCUUAGAAUAUGCGUGGCUGAUAGAUAUACAGGCUGGAAGUCUUACAGCCAAAGUUACAGCACCACAGCUUGCAUGUCUUCUGGAAUGGGGGCAGACCUUCGUUUUUCAUGUGGUGUGCCGGGAGUUUGAGCUGGAAAGGCCCAAGUCUGUAAUAAUAUGCCAGCAUGGAAUUGAUCGUCGUUUUUGUGACUCUAAGAUGAACUGUGUCCCUGGGCCAUGCCCGACAUCUGAUGACUUAAAAUACACCAUGACACGCUUAGCCAUGGAUGGAGCAGAUCUGUACGUGGUAGAACAUGGCUGUGCCACCAAUAUAAAGAUGGGUGCUGUACGUAUUGCAAACUGUAACCUCCACAACCAGUCUGUUGGAGAAGGUGUAAGUGCUGCUAUUCAAGAUGUUCAACUGAGACAAUACGUUGAGCAGGUGAACAAUUGCAGAACUGGUCUUCAGCCAAUAUUAAGGAGGGCUUAUUGGCUGGAAGCUGGCUCUGUCAGCUUGGGGCUCAUCACUGCUGACAUUGCUUUGGCUGCAGAUCAUCCUUCUAAACAUGAAGUGCAGAGACAUUUCUUAGAAACACAUGAUAACCGAACAAAGAGGUUGUGGUUUUUGUGGCCUGAUGACAAUUUGCGGAAUAAGAGGAGCAAGAACAAGUGUGGCUGUCUUGGUGGCUGUCGAUUCUUUGGUGGCACGUUAACGGGACUAGAUUUUUUCAAACUUGAGGAACUGACACCUUCAAGCAGCUCUGCUUUCUCAAGUACAAGUGCAGAAUCUGAUAUGUUUUAUGGGCAGUCUCUACUGCAGCCAGGAGAAUGGAUAAUUACUAAGGAGAUACCUAAAAUUUUAGAUGGUAAAGCAAAUGGUGUAAAACGAAAAGAUUGGGAUUGCAGGUCUGUGGGUAUAGAAAUAGAAAGAAAAACACAACAUCUAAGCCUACAAGUGCCAUUGCGCUCCCACAGCUCCUCGUCAUCUUCGGAGGAAACGAGCAGUUCUAGUGCAGCACUGCCCUUGCUUGCAGGUGAGAAGGACAGCCCUUUGUCAGCUACUGAGGAUCACUUGGGACAGAAGGAGUUCUUGCCUGGUGCAAAAAGGGAAGAUGGUCAUGGAAGUGUUGCAGUUGAGGGUGCAGAGGGCAGCCCUGCAUCCCCUGGCAACCAGGAAAGGCCUGUUGGCCAGUCUCCUCUGAGGUCCCCACUGAAACGGCAAGCAUCUGUGUGCUCCACCCGGCUCGGGAGCACCAAGAGCCUCACAGCAGCCUUCUACGGAGACAAGCAGCCUGUGCCCGUUGGUGUGCAGUUCAGCAGCGAUGUGUCUCGCAGUGAUGAGAAUGUCUUGGACUCCCCGAAGCAGAGGAGGAGCUUUGGUUCAUUUCCGUAUACUCCAUCUGCAGAUUCAAACUCAUUUCACCAGUAUCGCUCCAUGGAUUCCAGUAUGUCAAUGGCUGACAGCGAAGCGUAUUUUUCUGCAGCUGAAGAGUUUGAGCCAAUCAGUAGUGAUGAAGGUCCAGGAACCUAUCCAGGGAGGAAGAAGAGGAAAAAGCAAGCUCAGAAAAUUGAAUACAGUAGAGGGUCUAUUUAUCACAGUGUGGAAGGGCCCUUAACGAGCACAAUCCAUGGAGAAAGUAGUCAAGAUGUUAAAACAUUGCCAAUUAAGACUCAUCCUUCCCAGGCUUCAUUUGUUUCGGCUCUGGGAGGAGAUGAUGAGCAUGUUGAGAACAUUUAUGUCAUGGACUCUGAGAAGACUGUGGAAAGUGAGCAAAUAACUUCCCAGCAGCCUGUAAUGGCAUGUUACCAAAAUUACCUUACACAGUUCCAGGUGAUCAACUGGUCAGUAAAGCAUCCAACUAACAAAAGAACUUCAAAAUCCUCAUUACAUCGCCCUUUAGACCUGGACACACCGACAAGUGAAGAAAGUUCAUCAUCGUUUGAGCAACUUUCUGUCCCAACUUUUAAGAUUGUUAAACAGGGUCUCACAGCUAAUUCGUUACUGGACAGAGGCAUGCAGCUUACAGGAUCAACAUCUAAUACACCUUAUACUCCUUUGGAAAAGAAGUCUGCAGAAAAUACAGAUGAUGAGACAAUAACAGAAGAAUGGACGUUGGAUCACCCCGUCUUCCAGACACGGACAACGGCAAUAGUAGAAGUGAAAGGAACUGUGGAUGUAGUUCUGACUCCUCUUGUAGCAGAGGCACUGGAUAGGUAUAUAGAAGCAAUGGUGCAUUGUGCUAGCUCUCGACACCCAGCAGCAAUCGUUGAUGAUCUGCACUGCAAAGUUCUUCGAGAUGCUGUACAGAACAGCAAAACAAGCUUCUCAGAAAAUCUUUCUUCGAAGCAGGAUAUUAGAGGAACAAAAAUAGACACUACCACUACAGGAACAACAAACCAGGGACCAGCACAGACCAAUCUCUCGCUUAAGCAAGAUAAUGUGACAAUUAAAGGUCUUCAGGCCAACGUCACUGUACCAAAGGUGAACCUGUGUUUACUACAAGCCUCUGUUGAUGAAUCCCCUGGGGUUUCCUCUGGCAAAACCGUGACUCACGUUUCUUUAGUAGCUUUGUGUUUUGAUAGAAUUGCUACGCAAGUUCGUAUGAAUAGAGGUAUAGUUGAGGAGACUUCAAACAAUGCAGAAAUGGGGCGGAAUUCUGUCACAUUCGAUCGCUACAUCCAAACCAGUAAAAUGCAACCCCAGUCUUCUGGCUCACUGAGAUCAAAUGCUGGAGCAGAAAAAGGAAAAGAAAUUGCUGCUAAAUUGAAUAUCCAUCGUGUGCAUGGACAACUUAGAGGCCUUGAUACAACAGAUAUUGGAACUUGUGCAAUAACAGCUAUUCCGUUUGGGAAAUCAAAAGUUCUUUUUACUUUGGAAGAGUUGGAUGAGUUUGCUUUUGUGGAUGAGACAGAUCAACAAGCUGUUCCAGAUGUAACUCGGAUUGGUCCUAGUCAAGAGAAGUGGGGUUGGAUAAUGUUUGAGUGUGGAAUUGAAAAUUUAACUAUAAAAGGGGGAAGACAAUCUGGAGCAGUAUUAUAUAAUACGUUUGGAGUCAUGGGUAAAUCAAGAGAUACAGAGAGAGGUGGAUUGCUUGCAUCAAACAACUCUUCAGAUUCUCCAACUGGUAGUGGUUAUAAUACUGAUGUGUCUGACGAUAACCUUCCUUGUGAUAGAAUAAGUCCCGCUUCAGAUAUUAAUGGAAAUUCCGUUUCAGAUGAGCAGGAUGAAGGGGUUGAAUCUGAUGAUCUAAAGAAAGAUAUACCCUUGAUGCCUCCUCCCCCUGACUCUUGCAGCAUGAAGUUAACAAUCAAAGAAAUUUGGUUUAGUUUUGCAGCCCCUACCAAUGUGCGCUCUCCAGCACAUAUAUUUUCAAGGCAGCUGAACCUCCUGAGCACUGCAACGCCUGCAGUUGGUGCUUGGCUUGUUCCCAUUGAUCAAGUAAAAUCAUCAUUAAAUAAGCUAGAAACUGAAGGAACCCUGCGAAUCUGUGCUGUUAUGGGUUGCAUUAUGACAGAAGCUUUAGAGAAUAAAAGUGUGCACUUUCCUCUGAGAAGCAAGUACAACAGGCUUACCAAAGUGGCUCGUUUCUUGCAAGAAAAUCCUUCGUGUUUACUGUGUAAUAUAUUGCACCAUUACCUUCAUCAAGCAAAUUACUCCAUUAUUGAGGAUGCCACCAUGAGUGAUGGCCUUCCUGCCUUAGUAACUUUAAAGAAAGGCCUAGUUGCCUUAGCAAGGCAGUGGAUGAAGUUCAUUGUGGUGACCCCGGCUUUUAAAGGAGUCAGCUUGCACAGACCAACUCAGCCAGUGAAAUUGCUGACAAAUGCCUGCCACGAGCAUGAGGAUGGACUUGGAUUAGACAACGGAGGGGGUCUUCAGAGUGACACAAGUGCUGAUGGAGCGGAGUUUGAAUUUGAUGCAGCUACUGUCAGUGAGCAUACAAUGCUCUUAGAAGGAACAGCUCAUCGCCCUCCACCUGCUGGAGGAUCUUCUGGGCCUGUAACUGGUGCUGAGAUCAUGAGGAAAUUAUCCAAGGCUCACACACACAGUGAUUCUGUUCUGAAAAUAAAGGGUAUACAUCCAUAUCAUUCCUUAAGUUACACGAGUGGAGAUACAGCUACAGAUUCACCAGUGCACGUUGGCCGUUCUGGAAUGGCAGUCAAAGAAAGUCCAAGGAAAGAGAGUCUACUCAGCUAUCUUACUGGGAGCUUUCCGAGCCUGCAUAAUCUUUUGGAAGGGACUCCUCAAAGAAGUACAACUGCAGUUAAAAGUAGUUCCUUAACAAGAACAGGAAAUACUGUGGCCACAGACAUGUUAUCUGAGCAUCCUUUGCUGUCUGAACCAUCUUCUGUGAGUUUCUAUAACUGGAUGUCCAAUGCUGUUGGCAACAGAGGAAGUGUAGUACAGGAAAGUCCAGCCACCAAAUCGGGUCACAAUAGUCUUCCAACAGGUGUGGCACCCAAUCUUCCUACUAUACCCUCUGCUUCAGACUUCAACACAGUUUUGUCUAGUGACCAGAACACCCUGGAUGGCACACACUCACAGCACAGCACCAGUCAGGAUGACAUUGCAGGUGUAGAAGAGGGUAACCAGGGGUUUCCUGCUGUCCAGCUAGCAGAUGCACAGGUUGUUUUCAAGCCUCUUCUAAGUUACACGGGAAUUCAGUCUCAGGAUUCAAUGCCACUCUGCUACAGAAUGUACUUUGGAGAGUACCUGUCCUUCUCAGGAACUUUGGACUGCCUAAGAGCAGAUAUUGUUGAUUCAGAUACAGCAAAGGAAAGAAAAAGUAAACGAGCACGAAGGCAAGGAGCUGUCAAUCUUCCUCCUCUUGAAUUCAAACCAGCUUUGAUGUUAGAAACCUUCAGUAUUAGUGCUGUUGUAAUGGAGAAAUCCAUGUGCACACCUCAUAACUCCACCAAUGCCCUUUCUUUUCAUGACUUGAAUAAACGCUACUACAAUACUUUCCACUGUAAUUUUACCAUUUCUUGCCAGUCCAUAAGCCAGCACGUAGAUAUGGCACUGGUUCGUCUCAUUCAUCAGUUCAGCACAAUGAUUGAUGACAUCAAAGCCACGCAGACGGACAUCAAACUUAGCAGAUACACAGCUGGAUCUGCCUCUCCCACGCCUACUUUUAAAACACGCAAACACAGAGAACGAAGCUCUCGAGGAAGUCUCAAUGGAGGUAACAGAGUGAACAACACUAAGAACAAACGAACAAACAAUGAGAACAAUAAAAAAGAGUCUCGAAACAAGAAUUCCUUGGGGAGGUCAGAAAGAAGAACGUCUAAAGUAUCCAGAAAAGGUUCAAAAGAUGUAGUUGACCACAUGACUAUUCAUAUGGAUGACUCUGAUUCAAUCACUGUGUCGGAACAGAGUGAACCCUCUGCUGAGUGCUGGCAAAAUAUGUAUAAACUGUUGAACUUCUAUUCGCUCAUUUCUGAUCCAACUGGGAUUUUAGAAAAAUCUUCUGAAACUUUUGGGCCAACAGGGGUUCGAAGCCCAACCGAACCUGCUUGUAGAGUGGUGUUUGAGAACGAACAGGACAGUGGCAGAGACGCACAGAGGAAGCGCAGCCUAGUGACUUCGGAGCCCCAGCACGUGACUCUCAUCGUCUUUGGAAUAGGCAUGGUGAACCGAACCCACUUGGAGGCAGACAUUGGCGGUCUAACGAUGGAGUCUGAGCUGAAGAGAAUCCAUGGCAGUUUCACCCUGAAAGAAAAAAUGAAAGAUGUUCUGCAUCAAAAGAUGACUGAGACAUGUGCCACUGCUCACAUAGGAGGUGUCAAUAUUGUCCUGCUGGAGGGAAUUACCCCAAAUAUCCAACUGGAGGAUUUUCCUACAUCUCCUACAAGCACAGCCAAACAAGAGUUUCUAACUGUCGUGAAAUGCAGUAUUGCCAAAUCCCAGGCCCUGUAUAGUGCCCAGAGAGGGUUGAAAACAAACAACGCUGCUGUGGUCAAAGUUGGAGCCAUCAGCAUCAACAUUCCUCAGCACCCUGCCACGCUGCACAGCAUGAUGGUGCGCAGCUCUCACCAGCUCUCCAAGCAGAUUUCGGAUCUCAUCAGGCAACCCUCAACUGCGCCCCAGCCUACCAAAGAAGAUGUUGCGACUCCUUUGCCCUCUGAAAAGACUCCAACAAGUAUUAAUCAAACACCCGUUGAAACAAAUGAAUUUCCACAGCUACCAGAAGGCUUAGAGAAGAAGCCUAUUGUUCUGAAAUUCAGUGCCAUGAUAGAUGGUAUAGCUAUUGGAGCCGCGCUCUUGCCCUCUCUGAAGGCGGAAUAUAAGAUGGGAAGAAUGAGGAGUCACGGAAUGACAGGUGCCCAAACCAGAUUUAAUUUUGAGCUUCCAAGUCACAGAUUGCGCUUCACUUCCAAAGUCUCUGCCACUGAUAUGUCAACCAUUCCUCCUUCAGCAAGUCUCAACCUUCCUCCUGUCACUAUGUCAGGCAAAUAUAUCAUGGAGGAGCAUGACACUUACUCAGACCAAAUUUGGAGCAUAGAUGAACUACCUGCAAAACAAGGCUAUUAUCUACAGGGGAACUACUUACGUUGUGUGGCUGAAGUUGGUUCCUUCGAACAUAAUCUCACCACUGAUCUGUUAAAUCAUUUAGUAUUUGUGCAGAAAGUGUUCAUGAAAGAAGUGAAUGAAGUGAUACAGAAGGUUUCAGGAGGAGAGCAGCCAAUACCUCUUUGGAAUGAACACGAUGGCACGACUGAUGGAGAAAAACCAAAAAUUCUUCUGUACUCAUUGAGCCUACAGUUUAAGGGAAUUCAAGUGACAGCUACAACUCCCUCAAUGCGAGCCGUGAGAUUUGAAACUGGACUGAUAGAACUUGAACUCUCAAACAGACUGCAAACCAAAGCAAUGCCUGGAAGUAGCAGCUACCUCAAACUGUUUGGGAAAUGCCAGGUGGAUUUAAAUCUGGCGCUAGGACAGAUUGUUAAACAUCAGGUUUAUGAAGAAGCUGGCUCAGACUUUCAUCAAGUUGCCUAUUUCAAGACAAGAAUUGGAUUAAGAAAUGCGCUCCGGGAAGAAAUCAGUGGCUCAUCAGAUAGAGAAGCUGUGCUCAUUACUUUGAACAGACCAAUUGUUUUUGCUCAGCCUGUGGCCUUUGAUAGAGCUGUGCUAUUUUGGCUGAACUACAAGGCUGCGUAUGACAACUGGAAUGAACAGAGAAUGGCUUUACAUAAAGAUAUUCAUAUGGCCACAAAAGAAGUAGUAGAUAUGCUACCUGGAAUCCAACAAACCUCUGCUCAGGCUUUUGGGACUCUUUUUCUUCAGCUGACUGUCAAUGACUUAGGAAUUUGCCUGCCCAUCACGAGCACACCUCAGUCUAACCACACUGCAGAUCUUGACACUGGCUCUGCUUUAGUCCUGACUAUUGAAAGCACGUUAAUCACUGCCUGCUCCUCAGAGUCUUUAGUUAGCAAAGGUCAUUUUAAAAACUUCUGUAUCCGCUUUGCUGAUGGCUUUGAGACAAGUUGGGAUGACUGGAAACCAGAAAUAAGAGGAGAUCUAGUCAUGAAUGCAUGUGUUGUCCCAGAUGGUACAUAUGAGGUAUGUUCUAGGACAACAGGACAAGCUGCAGCAGAAAGUAGUAGUGCUGGAACCUGGACACUGAACGUGUUAUGGAAGAUGUGUGGUAUUGAUGUCCAUAUGGAUCCAAACAUUGGGAAAAGAUUGAAUGCUUUAGGCAACACCCUCACAACAUUGACAGGAGAAGAAGAUAUUGAUGAUAUUGCUGACCUCAACUCCGUAAACAUCGCUGACCUUUCGGAUGAGGACGAAGUUGACACUAUGUCUCCCACUAUACAUGCAAAAUCAGGUGGAGGUUCAUUAUGUGGAGAUGCACGCAAGCUAACAUUUGGGCGGCGGAUUGUAAAUCACCUGCUGGGUUUGAGCCCCCCAAACCAUCGAUACUCUGUUCCUGUAGAAUAUCUGUUGGGGUCAGCGAAGUGUGAUUCUCUUCAGUCUAGCAGAUCACAUAUGAAAGCAGGCAGAUCCUGCUCAUGGGGACAUGAGAUUGUUGAUCACCGACGGCAGGGAGCUUCUAGUAUCCAGACUGGAGAACAGCGAGGAAGAAAGUUUGUGAAACGUUUAGUUGAUAUUAGAGAACUCAAUGAACAAGCUAAAGUCAUUGAUGACUUAAAAAAAUUAGGUGCAAGUGAAGGAACUAUCAAUCAAGAAAUUCAGCGCUAUCAGCAGCUGGAGUCAGUGGCUGUGAAUGAUAUCCGCCGAGAUGUUCGUAAAAAGCUACGUAGAUCCAGCAUGAGGGCUGCCUCCUUAAAAGACAAAUGGGGUCUCAGCUACAAACCCAGCUAUAGCCGAUCUAAGAGUAUUUCAGCAUCAGGAAGACCACCUCUGAAGAGAAUGGACAGGACAAGCUCUCGAUUAGGAGACAGUGAAGACCUCCCAGAUAUCCGUGUAGAUGCUGCGUCUCCGGGGCCAAGAGUAACUUUCAACAUACAGGACUCUCCUGAAGAAGGACGCCGGGAUGACAGCUUAUCAUCAAGCAGCGAGGACUCUGAGAAGGAGGAUGACCAUGAAAGAGAGAGGACCUAUUUCUAUAGGAAACCACCUAGUACGUCUCGCAAGAAAGCAACAGGCUUUGCUGCCGUCCACCAACUGUUCACUGAGCGCUGGCCAACAACACCUACCAACAGAAGUAUGACUGGCACAACCACGGAGAGAAACAUUGACUUUGAACUUGAUAUCAGGGUUGAAAUUGAUUGUGGAAAAUGUGUACUGCACCCUACAGUGCUUCAGCAAGAACACGAUGACAUCAGUUUACGAAGGAGCUAUGAUCGGAGUUCCAGAAGUCUGGAUCAAGAGUCUCCUUCAAAAAAGAAAAAAUUUCAAACUAAUUACGCAUCUACUACUCACUUACUUGCUGGCAAGAAAGUGCCAUCAUCUCUACAGACAAAAUCUAGUGAUGUGGAAACAACAGUGUUUUAUAUUCCUGGGGUGGAUGUAAAGUUGCACUACAACUCUAAGACUCUAAAGACGGAGUCGCCAAAUACUUCUCGAGGAUCCUCUUUGCCAAGAACCCUUUCCAAAGAGUCCAAGCUGUAUGGUAUGAAAGAUACUGCCACAUCUCCUCCUUUAUCUAGCACUAUCCACAGCAAGACUAACACCUUACUUCCUCCCCAACCCCCACCCAUCCCAUCAGCCAAAGGGAAAGGAAGCGGUGGAGUGAAAACCGCGAAACUGUAUGCAUGGGUUGCGCUCCAGUCCUUGCCGGAGGAAAUGGUGAUUAGCCCAUGCUUACUGGACUUCCUAGAGAAAGCUCUUGAAACCAUUCCAAUUACACCCAUUGAAAGGAAUUACACAGCUGUUAGUUCACAGGAUGAAGACAUGGGACAAUUUGAUAUACAGGAUCCCUUAGAAGAAUCCACAACAUCGUUAGUAUCGUCCUCAACAUCAGCAUAUUCAUCCUUCCCUGUAGAUGUGGUGGUUUAUGUACGAGUUCAGCCCUCUCAGAUCAAGUUCAGUUGCUUGCCAGUAUCAAGAGUUGAAUGUAUGCUGAAGUUGCCUUCCUUGGAUCUUGUUUUCUCUUCCAACCGAGGAGAGCUGGAAACAUUAGGCACAACGUACCCAUCAGAAAAUGUGUCAGUUGGUGGCAGUACUUCCCAGAGUGGCUCAAAGAAUUCAGUUAGUAAAUCUGGAGCACCAGGUUCGUCGCCUGGCCUAGGCAGCCCUCUUGGCAGAACACGGCACAGCAGCAGUCAGUCAGACUUGACUUCUUCUAGCAGCAGCUCUUCAGGCCUGAGCUUUACUGCCUGCAUGUCCGACUUUUCCCUGUACGUCUUCCAUCCAUAUGGAGCUGGAAAACAAAAAUCUGCUGUUACUGUUCUAACCCCUGGAUCAGGAGCCUUAGGUAAUGUGGAUGAGGAACCAACUUCGGUCACUGGCCGGAAGGAUUCUUUGAGCAUUAACCUGGAGUUUGUGAAAGUCAGCCUGUCACGAAUAAGGCGUUCAGGAGGUUCCUCCUUUUUUGAAAGUCAGUCUGCGAGCAAAGCUACCAGCAAGAUAGAUACUACCUUGAUAAACAUAUCUGCUGUCUGUGAUAUAGGAUCUGCUUCUUUUAAAUAUGAUAUGCGGCGACUCAGUGAGAUUCUGGCCUUCCCGAGGGCUUGGUACAGGAGAAGCAUUGCUAGACGGCUUUUCCUUGGUGAUCAAACAAUAAAUCUGCCAGUAGCAUCGGGUCCUGGAACACCAGAUUCAAUUGAAGGGGUAACCCAGCAUCUUUCUCCUGAAUCGUCACGGAAAGCAUACUGUAGGACAUGGGAGCAGCCCUGCCAAUCUGCCUCAUUUACACACAUGGCACAGUCCCCUAAUGUUUUUAGUGAACACAGUGCCAGCAGCAGUAUGUCACCUGGGACAGCAUCUCACAGCUUAAAGUCUCCAGCUGUUACAAGGUCCAGGAGCGUGUCUGACUCUUCAGUGCCUCAGAGAGAUACUCUCUCAAAAACAUCAACGCCAUUUAAUAAGUCAAAUAAAGCUGGAAGCCAGCAAGGAACACCAUGGGAAACACUGGUUGUAUUUGCUAUGAACCUAAAACAAUUAAAUGUUCAAAUGAAUAUGAGCAACGUAAUGGGCAAUACUACGUGGACCACCAGUGGUUUGAAAAGCCAGGGUCGUCUCUCUGUGGGUAGCAGCAGAGAUCGGGAAAUCAGCAUGUCUGUUGGCUUGGGAAGAUCACAGUUGGACUCCAGGGGAGGUGUUGUUGGGGGCACCAUCGAUGUUAAUACCCUGGAGAUGGUGGCUCAUAUUUCGGAACAUCCAAACCAACAGCCCAGUCAUAAAAUUCAAAUUACUAUGGGUUCUACUGAAGCACGUGUUGAUUAUAUGGGGUCCAGUAUCCUAAUGGGAAUCUUCAGUAAUGCUGAUCUUAAGCUACAAGAUGAAUGGAAAAUUAAUCUGUAUAAUGCUUUGGACUCGAGCAUCUCUGAUAAAAGCGAGAUAUUUGUCCAUGGGGACUUGAAAUGGGAUAUCUUCCAAGUGAUGAUUUCAAGAUCGACUACACCAGACCUAAUAAAAAUAGGAAUGAAACUCCAGGAGUUCUUUACUCAGCAGUUUGAUACAAGCAAACGAGCUUUGUCCACCUGGGGACCUGUUCCUUAUCUCCCUCCCAAGACAAUGGCCAACAACUUAGAGAGAAGCUCACAUGAGCAAUUGUUGGAUGCAGCCCAUCACCGCCAUUGGCCGGGAGUUUUGAAAGUGGUAUCUGGGUGCCAUAUAUCCUUAUUUCAGAUGCCAUUGCCAGAAGAUGGAAUGCAAUUUGGAGGUUCCAUGAGCCUGCAUGGGAACCAUAUGACGCUGGCUUGUUUUCAUGGACCUAAUUUCCGCUCAAAAUCUUGGGCUUUGUUUCACCUUGAAGAACCCAAUAUUGCAUUUUGGACAGAAGCCCAGAAAGUUUGGGAAGAUGGGACUAGUGAACAUUCCACGUAUAUUGUGCAAACCCUGGACUUCCAUUUGGGCCAUAACACUAUGGUCACCAAACCGUGUGGAGCCCUCGAAAGCCCUAUGGCAACAAUCACCAAGAUAACGAGGCGCCGCCAUGAAAACCCUCCCCAUGGAGUUGCCAGCGUGAAAGAGUGGUUCAAUUACGUUACGGCCACGAGGAAUGAAGAGUUAAACCUGCUUCGAAACGUUGAUGCUAACAACCCAGAGAGCAGCACAACAGUGAAAAGCUCAAGCUUGCUAAGUGGCUUCAGAGGUGGCUCCAGUUACAACCACGAGACUGAAACCAUCUUUGCAUUGCCAAGGAUGCAGCUGGAUUUUAAAUCUAUUCAUGUUCAAGAGCCCCAGGAGCCUUCAUUACAAGAUAUGAGUGUUAAACCAAAGGUGGAAUGCAGUGUUGUAACUGAAUUUACAGACCACAUUUGUGUAACUAUGGAUGCUGAAUUGAUUAUGUUUCUGCACGACUUGGUAUCUGCCUAUCUAAAAGAAAAAGAAAAGGCAAUUUUUCCUCCUCGUAUUUUGACUGCUCGUCCAGGGCAGAAAAACUCCGUUGGUGUUCUUGAGGACAGCUCCACUGACAAAGAGGCAGAGGAAAGCAUUACUUACACUACAGUCGACUGGAGAGAAUUUAUGUGCAAUACUUGGCAUUUGGAACCCACGCUCAGAUUAAUAUCCUGGACUGGGAGAAAAAUUGAUCCCGUUGGCGUUGACUACAUCCUCCAAAAGCUGGGCUUUCACCACGCAAGGACUACUAUUCCUAAGUGGCUGCAGCGCGGUGUCAUGGAUCCUUUGGACAAAGUUUUGUCAGUCCUCAUAAAGAAACUUGGUACUGCACUACAGGAUGAAAAGGAGAAGAAAGGAAAGGACAAAGAAGAAUACUGAAAGUGUAAUAUGACAACCGUAAUUCCGUUUGAUUUUAUCAAAGUGUUUUAUUAUAUUUUAAAAAUUGAAAUAUGGUUUAAAGAGAAACCUAACAGCUUUUUGCUACUCUUUGUAAAACUUACAUUGUGAGUAACUGUUUACUGUGGUACACGAUACCGUUCUGUAUUUGAAGUUCUUGCAUGAUGAUGACCAAUUUAAAUUCUGUGAAGGAAUAGCUGGAACACUGUAAAUCUGCUCCUCGGCGUGUUUUACGAUGUGCAAUAUGAUUCCUGCAUCUUUCAAAUACUUGCAGAUUAACUGUGAAUUUUCAUAAACGUUGCCGUAACACAGAACCCCUCAGCCAUGUGACCGGUAAUUGGUUUAUCAAUGUAGACUUGUGUAAAUUUAUAUAUAUAUAUAACUUAUGAAGCUGUGAUUGCCUUAGUGCUAAAAAUCAUUAAGUUUAUUACACUUGUAAUAAAAUUUCACUACUGUACAGG